AUGAGCAAUCCAUUAGAAGAUCUGGUGCAGGCGCAGCAUGAUCUGUAUGGGCUUCUGGCCCGCUCCUACGACAAUAUGAUGAAGUCGGGAGCUGCCAAGGUCACGAUCGGCUUAUUGGAGGCUCGCCUCCAGACUCUGGAGGGUUACUGGGCGAAGUUCAUGAGUCGACAUGAACAACUCCUCCUGGAGUACGGCAAGGAGCUCGCGAAGCACGACUACAUCAAGGAAGAUCUGAUGCUCAAGGCCGACAUCGCCUACCACACGCAAAAGGGUCAGUACCUGGAGGACCUGAGUGUGAUGCGUGGUCCCGAGAACGUUCCGGGCGUCGCUGCCGCUGCCGCUGUCGCGGUCGCGGCACCUGUCGCGGCGAAGUUGCCGCGCAUCGCAAUCCCGCAGUUCUCCGGGAAGUACGAGGACUGGCCGGCUUUCCGCGACCUUUUUGUGUCUCUGGUCGUCAUCAACCAUGCGGUUACGCCAGUGGAGAAACUCCACUACUUAAAGACAAGCCUCAAGGGCGAGGCCGAGCAGGUGGCACGACAGCUUCCGACGACGGGCGCUAACUUUGAACGCACUUGGCGGGCGCUGAUCGCCCAUUAUGAGAACAGGCGCCUCCUGGUGCGGGCUUACAUCGCGCGACUGCUGGCGCUGCCUAAAAUGAAGGGUGAGUCCGCGUCAGAUUUACGUAAAAUCUACCAUUGCGUGCAUACGACCGUCGGUGCUCUGGAGGGGAUCGGACGGCCCUUAACGCAAAGUGACGACCUGGCCGUCCAGCUGAUCACGGAGCUCCUCGAUCCGGUAUCGCGGCGCGAGUGGGAGACGGAGCUCAGUAAGACUACGGAGCCUCCGUCUCUCGAGGAGAUCCUGGAGUUCGUCAGCCAGCGAAUGCGAACUCUCGAAUCGUUGGCGCCUUCCAAGUGCGAUGCUAGCUCGGCGAAAGCUAGCUCGGGUUCGUCGAGGCAAAGGAACUCCUUACAGACGAGCAAACCGGGAAGCCAGCGAGGACGCUGCUUCUUGUGCAGUAAGGAGCACUACCUGCGUCAGUGCGAAACGUAUCUCGGCAAGUCGGCCGUCGAGCGCAGGCAAUACGUCGACGCGAGUGCAUUGUGCGUGAACUGCCUUGGUAAGCACAAGCUUACCGAGUGCCCGUCGCGGACGUCUUGUUUGUCUUGCGGAGCGCGACAUCAUUCGUCCUUGCACGACGCCUUCACCGCAGUCGCGGCGGUGACGUCCCAUCUCGCGAGGCCGCAGCCGACGGUCCCGAUGGCCGUGCUGCUGGCUACCGCGCGCGUUCGAGUGACCGAUCGCCACGGCGUCGAUCACGUCGCGCGGGCAUUGGUCGAUCAAGGAUCGGAGUCGUCGCUGGUGUCGGAGUCCCUGGCACAGCGUCUCCGAUUGCCGCGUUCGGCGUCGUCAGUAGAAGUGUACGGAGUGGGGGGCGUGCGGACAGGCGUAACGCGCGGCCUUGUCACUCUGCGUGUCUCGCCUCGUGACGGCGGCUCACCGAUGUCAAUUUCGGCGUACGUCUUCCCGCGACUGACGCUAUACGACAGCGGCGUGCGUGCAGACCCUAGCGUCUGGUCGCAUCUCCGGGGACUGACUCUCGCUGACCCGGAUUUCCUGGCCGCGGAUCCGGUGGAGAUCCUCCUCGGAGCCGACGUCUACGCGUCCAUCCUCCAAUCUGGGCUGAGGAAGGGUGGUCGCGGUCAACCUGCAGCGCAGAGGACUUCAUUGGGAUGGAUACUCUCGGGGCCAGUCGGCUCUGCUGAGCCUCCCGCCCGAGCCCUCACCCUGCAGUGCAGAGUCGACGAGGAGCUCACCAGUCUAGUGAGGGGCUUCUGGCAGCAGGAGGAGCUGCCCGCCAGUCCCUCACCCCUCACCCCAGCUGACCAGGAGUGCGAGGAUGUCUUUCGACGCUCACACCGCCGACGGGAGGACGGUCGCUACGUCGUGCGACUCCCGGUGAUUGAGCCGCUGCCGGAUUUAGCAACGACGAGGCGCGCGGCCUUGCGCGCCCUUACCAGUAUGGAGAGGCGACUCGCUCGCGACGACCGAUUGAGCGAAUUGUACGUUGGGUUCAUGCGAACCUACGAGGACCUCGGACACAUGGUUCGCGCGGAUGCUGCGCCUGGAGGUCGGACAAGUUACCUGCCUCACCACGGAGUCCUGCGGGAGGCAAGUUCUACUACCAAGUUGCGCGUAGUGUUCAACGGGUCCACGACGACUGCGUCUGGCAAGUCGCUGAAUCGGAGCCUGCUGGUGGGCCCGAAUCUGCUGCCUCCUCUCGCCGACGUCCUGCUGAAAUGGCGACGACAUCGCUACGUCCUCGCCACGGACGUGGAAAAAAUGUUUCGCCAGAUCCUGGUCCACUCAGAGGACCACAAUCUCCAGCGCAUCCUUUGGCGGUGCAGCACCCGGGAUGAGGUGGCGGAGUUCUGCUUGACGACCGUGACAUACGGUCUAGCGUGUGCGCCUUUCCUGGCCAUGCGCACUCUGCGCCAGCUGGCCGACGACGAGGCGGAGAGCUAUCCCCUGGGAUCCCGCGCUCUCCGCGAGGACGCCUACAUGGAUGACGUCCUGACGGGCGCACCGACCAAGAAGGAGGCUAUCGAGCUCCGGCGACAGCUGACCGACUUGUGUAUGGCGGGCGGCUUCCCCCUACGCAAGUGGUCCGCGAACGAGUCGGAGAUCCUGGCGGAGGUCCCGGUGGAACAUCGUAUGCAGCAGGAGCUGCGAGACUGGAGGCCGCACGAGACGCACGGGACGCUGGGAUUGCGGUGGCAUCCCGCCACUGACGAAUUCUCCUUCGCCAUUCCGGCGAGAUCAUUGACGACGGUAAGCAAGCGGACGGUUCUCGCCUUUACAGCACGCCUGUUUGAUCCUCUCGGCUGGCUGGCGCCGGCCGUGGUGAGGGCCAAGAUCGCGUUCCAGUCGACUUGGUUGUUAGGCCUCGGGUGGGACGAUCCUCUCGAUGGAGCGGCCGAGCGACUCUGGCGCUCCUAUGAGGACGAGCUACCGCUGCUGGAGAGCGUUCGAGUUCCAAGGAUGCUGGAGACCUGUCCGGCGCGCGGCGACGCUGAACUUCACGGGUUUGCGGACGCCUCCGAGCGCGCCUACGCCGCCGUACUCUACUUGCGGACGGGACUCGGCGACUCCUGGAGGACCUGUCUGGUCGCCGCCCGGACGAAGGUGGCGCCUAUCAAGCCAGUGACGUUGCCCCGGUUGGAGUUGUGCGCGGCUGCACUUCUGGCGAGGCUCACAUCCCAUGUUCGCUCCACUCUCGGCCUCGGGCAGGCGCCCGCACACCUGUGGUCGGAUUCAACGGUCGCCCUGGGAUGGAUCCGCGGUCACCCGACGCGGUGGAAGACCUUUGUGUCAAACCGCGUCGCUGAGAUCCAGACCCAGGUCGCUGACGCGCAGUGGCACCACGUGCCUGGCCUGGACAACCCGGCGGACUGUGCCUCCCGUGGACUUCCACCGGGAGAGCUGGUGGCGCAUCCUCUCUGGUGGCGGGGUCCCCCAUGGCUCCGGGCGGAGUCAUCUUCAUGGCCUACUGCCGGGCCGCUUCCGGACGACAAGGACUUGCCGGAGGAAAGACUUCAGGCGCACGCCGUCAAGGCUGCGCCUGUUCCAGUGGAGGAGCCUGAGGAGCUGCUACGGUUCUCGUUGCUGAGCCGACUGCUGCGAGUGACGGCAUGGUGCCGACGCUGGUGGUAUAGGCAGCGGGUUCCGGGAGCUGUUUUCGUGGAGAUCGAGGGGAAUCAGGUUGACGUGCUGACGACGCCCGAGCUGGAGGAGGCGAGGACGACCUGGAUCCGGCGGGUCCAGCUUGAACACUACCGAAGCGAGCUAGUUGCCCUUCAGAGAUCUCUUCCUCUUCCGUCUUCCAGUUCCCUCUCGCGCUUGACCCCCUUUUGCGAUUCUCAGGGUCUUCUCCGAGUUGGUGGCCGAUUGAGGCACGCGCUCCUCGCCUAUGACGAGCGACACCCCGUGCUUCUUCCUGGCGGAUCUCACUUCACCCGGUUGGUGGUGGAGGCAUGUCACCUGCGAGCUCUGCACGGUGGAGUCCAGACGACGAUGGGGGUGGUCCGCCAGCGCUACUGGAUUCCUCGAGGACGAGCGGUGAUUAAGCGUUGGUUGCACCGUUGUGUCAGGUGCGUGCGAUGGCGGGCGGACGUUCCUCAGCAACUGAUGGGCAGUCUUCCGCGGGAGCGGGUGACUCCAGGGAGGCCCUUCCUCGACACCGGUGUGGACUAUGCCGGGCCGAUCCUGCUCCGAGCGACCAAGGGGCGAGGACAUCGAGCGUACAAGGCAUUUGUCGCGGUCUUCGUGUGCCUUGCCACUCGGGCCGUUCACCUGGAGGCAGUGUCCGACUACUCCGCCGAUGCCUUCUUGGCGGCCUUGCGUCGGUUCGUGUCCCGCCGGGGCCUCUGCCGGACCCUUCGAAGCGAUUGCGGUACCAACUUCGUCGGCGCCGACGCCCAGUUAAGAGCUUUCUUUGCAGCGAGCAGUCCGGACUUAGGCCGAGUCGUCGGGCAGCUUGCGAGCGAGCAAAUUCAGUGGCGGUUCAACCCGCCGUCGGCGCCGCACUUUGGCGGCAUUUGGGAAGCCGCGGUCAAAUCGCUUAAGCACCACCUGCGACGAGUGUUGGGUGACUCGACUCUGACAUUCGAGGAAAUGAGCACCCUCCUCGCCCAGGUGGAAGCUUGUUUAAACUCGCGCCCGCUCCAAGCCUUGUCCGACGAUCCGGAGGAUCUCGCUGCGCUCACGCCGGGACAUUUUCUGGUGGGAUCCGCGUUGACCGCCGUGCCGGAGCCCUCGCUGCGGGAGCUGCCUGUGAACCGACUCACACGAUGGCAGCUUCUGCAGCAAAUGCGGGAUCAUUUCUGGGAGAGAUGGUCCCGCGAAUACCUGCACUCCCUCAUCCACCGACCGAAGUGGUUGAAGGGAGUCGGUGAUUUUAGCGUCGGACGCUUAUGUCUUAUCAGGCAUGAAAAUACGCCGCCGGCGCGAUGGCCACUUGCGCGCAUCGUCAGAGUGCAUCGCGGGGAAGACGGACAGAUUCGCGUUGUCACUGUCCGUACCGCGGCCUCAGAAUUUACUCGACCGAUCGUAAAACUUAUUUUGCUGCCGGUCAGCGAGAACGAGGCGAGCGAGGAGACCCUCGACUAG